UCUAGCGACAAUCUCCACUCUCCACUCUACCCAUUCGCCAUGUUGCGAACCUCAAUCGUCCGGGCCGCCAGGAGCUCAGCUUCUGUCGUCCCAUCCACCGCGACCCGUCAAGCUGUCUACACGCCCCGCAUCGCACCCGUCGCCUGCGCCCAGCAGCAGCAGCAGAUCCGCCAGGCCCAUGCCAUUUCCAAUCCCACACUCGCCAACCUCGAGAAGCGAUGGGAGGAUAUGCCUCCUCAGGAGCAGGCCGACCUGUGGAUGUCGCUGAGGGACCGCAUGAAGGUUGACUGGAAGGAGCUUACUCUACAGGAGAAGAAGGCCGCCUACUACAUCGCCUUCGGUCCCCACGGCCCACGACGACCCCCUCCCCCAGAUGAGGGCCGCAAGGUCUUCUUCCUCUCUGCCGGCGUCAUCGCUGCUGCUGUGGCCGUCUUCUCCAUCGUUCGCAUGUUUGCCAACCCUGUCCGACCACGCACCAUGACCAAGGAAUGGCAGGAGGCGUCCGAAGAGUACAUGAAGGCACAAGGAACUGAGCCCAUCACUUUCAAGCCUGGAAUGAUGGUUCAGAGCAAGUCUGAGAAAGACCUUAGCCCCAACGAGAAGCUUAAUGAUGAGUAA